AUGCGUGAUGACGUCACUUACAUAAGUGACAUCAUCACGCAUAUGCGUGAUGACGGCACUUCUGGGACUGGCAUCGCCACACACACAGGAGAAAGGGUGCUUGUGUCCCCUUUCUCCUGGCUGCCACCGCUGCAGCUUGCUUGCAGUGGCAGCAGCAGCAACUGCGAGAGCGGCUUGCUGCCGCUGCGCUGGCAAAAGCAGCCUGCAGUGGUGAGAGCAAGCAGCAGUGGCAGCGGGAGGGAUAAUCCUUAUAUUAAAACCGUCUAUGAUCUCAGCUUCCUCAGUGUUGAGAGACUGAAGAUACCUCUAUACCAGAAUGAUUUCUUUUACCAGCUAAGUUCUCAAGGACAUCAGUUCCAUAAAGCCUGUAGAUUAGCUCAUCUCCACACAGAUAGUGUCAUUAGAGAGAGAAAGGAGUUCCUCAAGAAUGAGCAAGAACUUGAGAAGAUCCUGAAGAAGAGGCGCCUGGACUUUUUAGACAUCCUUCUUUGUGCCAAGGAUGAAAAGGGAAAUCUGAUGUCUGAUGAAGACCUACGUGCUGAGGUGGACACUUUCAUGUUUGAGGGUCACGAUACUACUGCCAGUGGGAUCUCCUGGCUGUUCUACUGCAUGGCUCAAAACCCUAAACAUCAACAAAGAUGCAGGGAGGAGAUAAAGGAGCGCCUUGGACAGGGAAAGACUAUCCAAUGGGAUGACCUGGGGAAGAUGACAUACACUACCAUGUGUAUUAAAGAGAGUCUUCGGCUAUACCCUCCAGUUCCUUUAAUAUCUCGAAUAUUGAACUCACCAAUAACAUUUGAUGAUGGACGCACCUUACCAUCAGGUUCCCUAGUUGGAUUGAAUAUACCUGGCCUCCACAGAAACCCUGAAGCAUGGAACCAUCCUGAUGUCUUUGAACCCCUGAGGUUUUCCCCAGAAAACUCAUCUGGUCGCCAUCCAUUUGCUUUCCUGCCUUUUUCUGCUGGUCCAAGGAACUGCAUUGGACAACAGUUUGCUAUGAUGGAGAUGAAAGUAGCUCUGGCCUUGACUUUGCUCCAGUUUGAACUCCUACCAGACCCAGCAAAUCCUCCAGUUCCUGUUGUUCAGCUUGUUAUGCGCUCCAAGAAUGGGAUACACCUCAGCUUUCGAGGCCAUUGCCCCCAAACUCAGUUGAUGAACAAUGGCACAGAAGGACUACAACAGGCCUGUCAGAGUUGGUGUCAUGAGUUCCAGCUUUUCUCGAAUUUUCUGGAGGCCCAUUGCCCUGGAUAUGUUACAAAUAUUAUGACAUAGCCCACU